AUGGGUCCGAAUAUGGAAAUAGAGAAAUCAAAAGGAGUGAUGCAGGAAAUUUUGUACGAGGUUAUCGAAAAAAGCGAAUCGUACAAAUUUAUCCGGAUGGCUGACGAUCUUCACGAUGUCGCCUCGUACCUCAACGAUAUGCGCAUAUGUUUUAUUGCUCUGACAGUCACAGGAUACAUUGUUCUGGUCAUUUAUCUGUUUGUUUUCUGCUUCCGAAGGAGCCGAAGGAACCAGCCACGUCGUCGCUAUGGAGAUUAUCAACUUGAGAACCAACGCGAGUUCAACAACACACAGACAACCAACGAGGACAUGCUAACAAACGUCCGAUCCGAUGUGAACAGUAGCUACAUGGGCCGCAACCAUCACAGGUCACAUCAGAAUACGGCGCCAACGUUCAUGCGCCACGGGCACAUGAACCAUCAGCAGACGACGCGACUCGUGGCGGACAACGACGGAUCGGCGGUGAAACACCAAAUACCACACAUUACAACGGAGGCACCAACUGAAGAGAAGGCCAAGGUCCCACAACUCGUCAAGGACUCUAUCGACUCCAACUAA